AUGGGCUUUGGGAAGUUCUUCCUCUUCUUGGCUAUUAGCCUCUUGGUCCUGUACCAAGUGGGUAACCUCCAAGCAGCACCAUUCAGGUCUGUCUUGGACAGCAGCCCAGACUCUGCUAAACUCAGUGAGGAGGAAGCGCGCCUUCUGCUGGCUGAACUGGUGAAAGAUUUUGUGCAGAUGAAAGCCAGUGAACAAGAGCAGGAGACUGAGGACUCCAGCAUCACUACCCAGAAGAGAGCCUGCAACACUGCCACUUGUGUGACUCAUCGGCUGGCAGACUUGCUGAGCAGAUCAGGGGGCAUCAUGAAAAGCAACUUCGUGCCCACUGAUGUGGGUGCCAAUGCCUUUGGCCGGCGCCGCAGGGACCUUCAGGCCUGA